CACAAUGAACUAGUGUUGAACGUUUAGAAAACAUUAGUCUCUUUUCGCUCUUUUGGAUGUAUUCACUUUUGGUUACUUUUUUUCUGUCAUGAACCUCUAAAUCUCUAUGCCACUGUCUUCGUUUGGUUUCCGUUGUUAUGGGACGCAGUAAGAUACUGUAACUAGAGGGUGGAACCAGUCUGUAACCAAACUCAGACAGCUCACCCAGCUCCAGCGCGGUGGUACCCGGAUAAACUGUAGCCCACCCUGCUGCUCGCCUGACUGUGACCGGCUUCGCCAGAUUGGCAGGCAGCUGUAAGGAUUAGGUUUAUAGUCGGAAACCGGAUUCAGUGAAGUGAAGAAAAAGUAACACAGCAAGCGAGCUAUCCCCGGAUUCCUAAACAAUUUGAUUAUGCCGUCGGUUUUAUAGAUUUAGGGGCCGGUGCUGUAUGAGAGGAGAAAGAGGAAGAGGUGGAGAACGUGUUUGCCAUGACAGUGACCCUUAUCCCAUAGAGCAUCCUACUCAGAGCAAGACUGACCAGAAAGGAGGACAGCGAGGACAGGAAGGAUGAAGUUGUGGGGGAGCUCAGUGUGUCCUUUGCAAGUGGCCCUCCUUUUCGCCGUGGUGAUGUUCUGCGGUUGCCCGGUGUCCGCUGGCAGUCGUAACCAUCGGGGACAGACAGCCUCCUACCAGGUGAAGCAGGGGACGUGUGAGGUGGUGGCCAUCCAUCGCUGCUGUAAUAAGAACAAGAUUGAGGAGCGCUCUCAGACCGUCAAGUGCUCCUGUUUCCCAGGCCAGGUCGCUGGCACAACCCGAACCAGGCCCUCCUGUGUGGAAGCCUCCAUCGUGAUUCAGAAGUGGUGGUGUCAGAUGAACCCCUGCAUGGAGGGAGAGGAGUGUAAGGUGCUCCCUGACCUCACAGGCUGGUCAUGCAGUACUGGGAACAAAGUCAAAACCACCAAGGUCACACGAUAGCAAGAGAAUCGCUGAGCAGCGACAUCACCAAGUCUCUCAACUGUUAACUCCAUAUGUAAAGAAAGGAUGGCAAUCAUAACUGAGACACUUAGACUGACGAUGAAGGGAAGACUGUUAGUCAUCCCAUCAUACCAAGGUGUGACAAACUACAGAACCAUUAAGAACACACUCUGAUUGACAGAGACACUGGGGUAAAGUGUCACACAUACAGCUCAAAACAACUAUGGACUACUGAGUUUAUGGAUA